AUGGUAAUCCCGCCUUGGGAAAACCAAACAGUGAUAGUGGAAUUUGUGCUUCGAGGAUUCUCUUCCAUCCUGCACCUAAAUAUUUCCCUCUUUGUGAUGUUUUUAGUUUUCUACAUCUUAACUAUUUCUGGAAACAUCCUCAUUGUCCUCCUCGUUUUGUUCAACCAUCCCCUCCACACCCCCAUGUACUUCUUCCUGGUGAAUUUGUCCUUUCUGGAGAUCUGGUACACCUCCAACAUUGUCCCUAAGAUGUUGCUGAUUAUCAUAUUUGAACAGAAGACUAUCUCUGUGGCUGGAUGUCUGGCACAGUUCUACUUCUUUGGAUCCUUGGCUGCUACAGAGUGCCUUUUGCUUGCUGUGAUGUCCUAUGACCGCUACCUGGCCAUCUGCCAACCUCUCCGCUACACUGUCCUCAUGACUGGCCCCCUCUGCAUCAGGUUGGCUGCUGGUUCUUGGAUCUGCUGCUUCCUCCUCACAUCAGUCACCAUGGUCCUGCUGUGUAGACUAACAUUCUGUGGACCUAAUGAGAUUGAUCACUUCUUUUGUGACUUUACCCCACUGGUCCAUCUUUCCUGCAUGGACACCUCACUGACUGAGACCAUUGCCUUUGCUACCUCUUCUGCAGUGACUCUGGUCCCUUUUCUCCUCAUCACAGCUUCCUACUCCUGCAUACUUGCUUCUAUCCUAAGAAUCCCAUCAGGUUCAGGCCGGAGAAAGGCCUUCUCCACCUGCUCUUCCCACAUCAUUGUGGUCACGGUGUUUUAUGGAACACUGAUUGCCACUUACCUUGUGCCCUCAACCAGCUCUUCCCAACUCUUGCGCAAAGGGUUCUCUCUGCUUUAUACCAUCCUGACACCCAUGUCCAACCCCAUCAUCUACAGCCUGAGAAACAGAGACAUCCAUGAAGCUCUGAAGAAUUGCUUGAGAAAGAAGUCUGGUUUACUCAUAUGA